CUCAUCGUUCAUAGCCCAUUACCAAUAACUCGACGUAUAAUUAUCACCUAAUGUCACAUAUACCCCAUUGAUCAUACCCCAAUGCCUUACAAGCUAGUUGCAUCCACUGCCAGACAGCUACGUCCGCCCCUCACACAGUCAUGGGGUCGCGAAGACCUUCAACAUACGUUGCUACAGAAGGCGACCCCAGACUAUCCCUACCCAGCCCUUUCUCCGGCAAUUUUGGAGAUCACCCAGGGAAAGACCGCCACAGACUUGAAAUUUGAAAACCAGCCCAAUAUUCCGCGUCAUUUACAGUGGUCGCACGACGGCUCAUCCUUUGUGACUGUCAAUGAAGAUUUUGGCUGCCGGUUGUACGUGGUUCCCUCAGAUGUGUUGUCAGCCACUCCGGUGCCAAAGGAGCUUGUUCCAUUCAGCAGAAUGUUCCAGCCAUAUCCUAUCAUUGCUCACUCCGUCAACCCAGAGUUUUCGUUGUACAACCCAGAGGAAACAAUGGCCUGCAACAGCAUGCUUGUAUCAAUGAAGAACCUCCCAAUUCGAAUGCUUGACCUUAUCCCGGGAGAUGCGCGAAACUUAGUGGCACUGUACAAGUUUGAAGACCUACUGAACGACCGCUUUUUUACCACCUAUUCCUUGGCUCAUUACGAUGAGACCACCUUUUUUGCAGGCUCGGUGAACAAAGUGGCCGCCUUUGAUGUUACCAGACAGCAUGAACCUGCGUAUGUUACCAGUCUCACGGGGUGCCACAAAAUGGGAAUUGUUAGCACAAUUGUACCGUCUCCGGAGCUCGGGCGCGUCUAUAUUGGAUCGUACAAUGGAAAGGUAUCGAUCGUAGACGUGGGGUCUGCGCUUCCCGUGCUAUCGAAGGCCAUGUCUCUGGAAGAUUCCGGGAGCGGCUGCGGGCCCGAGCGCGAGGGUGUCACACAGAUAUUAGAGUCCCAGAAUGGAAAAUACUUGUUCGUGGUUAGGCGAAAUACAAACACGAUAUCGAUCCUUGACUUGCGAAUGGACCUUGAACUAGUCGGGUCGUUGACCAAACUUGAGCUGCCGUCUCUAAAGCCCACCUCUAACCAAAAAAUGUAUGCAGACUUGUUACCCCAAUCGCAGGGAUUACUUACGGGGGAUGUCUACGGAAACGUACAAUGGUUCAGAGACGCCGAGCUUGGAAUGGACUGUACUAAACCGGAAAUUCUCAUUGCCGGGGAAGCCAGCGCGACCACCAUAUCAGCGGUUAAAGUGAACCCCGUGGAGCCAGGGAUACUUGCAACGGCGUGCGGUGUUCGGAGAGAUACCGCUUUCGAUCUGGAAGAAGAUACCGAGGAGGCUGACUGUGGGGUAAAGAUAUGGUACAAGUAAGGUGCGAUUCUCUACCAAAAAGUCUUGUGAGAUUCUCGUAUACCAAUAGUAGACUGUGGCACUUAAGAUCGUUCCUGGAUCUACAACAAUUAGACACAAAUUUAGGGUCAUAUUACCGGUUACAUAGCGGAACAUGUUACGAUAGGCGAAUAGGUCAGGACAACAUAGAUUGUACGCUAGCACCAAACUCAGCAAUCUAAUCCAUAAGAUCUUUGCAUCAAAAAAAUAAAAAAAAACCUUACACACCAAUACAGUGACAGUGUGGUAAGCGUGUAGCUAUCACG